GCGACGAAACCGACAUCGUAGGUAAUACAGCUGGUAGCUGUGUCUAGCGAACAACAGCAGCAGCAUCGGCAACCACAACGCCGAAUGCCAGCAAAAGAAGGCAGACCGAGCGUAUAGACCCUGCCGCAUAGUCGUCGUAGUGGUCGGCCGAACUGGGCAGCGAACAAACGACUGAAUGGCGGCUGUCUGGCUGCUGUAGCCGCUGUGGUUGUAGUGGUGAGUGAGUGCGGCACAUAGAUGCGCUGCUGCUGCUGCUGCUGGCGAGGAGCAGCAGCAGCAGCAGCAGCAGUAGCGGAAGCUACAUCAGCAGUCAGCGAAAGAAGCUGACAACGGGCGGAUAACAUCACGGCCGUCGGCACAAAGUGAGGCAGCAGGACAGCGACGGUCAGAGCCUUUUUUGUACGAGACCCAAUAGCAGCCGGUUGGGUCGUCCCAGGAGCCGUCAAAACUAACGGACGGCGCCACGUUUCAGCGACUAACCAGCCACCCAACCCGACGGAGCCAGACACUGACUCGACGACGUGCUUUGGCAGUACAGCCCGUGCGGACGGUACCAUAGGUCGCCAAAUGUGAGUGCGCUACAAUCGCCGAACAAUUGCAGCAGCGUGCAGCAGAGGCCCAAUAGUGAAUCUUGUUCAUUGGAGUGGGAUCGGUGGUCCAUGUGUGUGUAUGUGCAGGAACGGCAUUAGUAACUGCAGUUCGCUCUCGGUCGUCUCUAUCGGAGUCUGAUUAGACCGCCAGGUAGAGAAGCGAGUAACCAACUAAGCGUGACCAAUCAAACACAUUUAACUUCUAUUACCAGUUCCGUUAACAGUAACCGGCCCGUUGUUCAUAGCUUCAAACACAGUAAUGGCUCCCCGCAAGAACCAGAAGUUCGGCUCGCAGGAGCCUGAGUGCGAGUCGUGCCCAUGCCAGCGCCUUAUCUACUGGAGGGACCCGCAGAAAUCGGGACUUGCCCUUGGCUUAGGUUUCAUCAUUCUGCUUUCGAUUUCAAAAUUCUCACUCAUCUCGGUGCUGGCCUACUCUCUACUGGCUGCUGUUUGUAGCGCGUUUGGCUUCCGCGUCUACAAGCUCGUCAUGUCGAAAGUGAACAAAACAGAGGAAGCCCAUCCGUUCCAAGAGCUGCUUGAUACUCCUCUUCCGGAGGCGCUUUCCGACACCGACCGUGCGCGAAAAUUCGGCGAAUCGCUAUUCUCAAAUACGCUGAACUUCAUCAGCAGGUUUCGAUCGCUUCUGCUCAUCGAGGACCUGAUCGAGUCGGCCAAGCUUAUCAUCGUGCUUUGGUUUGUCACGUACAUCGGUGCUUGGUUCAACGGACUUACCCUUGUCAUUUUGUCCUGGAUCGGCCUCUUUACCCUGCCCAAAGUUUAUCUCGAAUACCAGACCGAAAUCGACGAGCAGCUCGACAAAGUGUGGUCUAUAUUUGGCCAGGUUCGAAGCAAGAUUCCCGGACAAGUCGCUAAAGAGGACUAAGUAACGCAUGCCCUAUUCGCACGCCGACCUUUUAAUUAAUCACAAACCUACUAUCUACCACCACUGCAACAACGGCAACAACUAAAAUUAAGAAAACCACACAAUCCGCUUAUUCGAUUGGCCGUCAUCACUGAAUAAACGGAUUACUUAGCCUGGUUGCUUCUUUCUCUUUUGAAGCCUAAAACUCAUCAAGGAUUACUCUGCAUCAUCCACUUGGCGAAUAGUGCGUCCAAGUGGGUUUAUAUAAAACAAACAAACAAACAAACAAAAGACGGUACCCACGAAAAGGUGUGAUCGAUAUAGCAUGGAAUAUUACCUUUACAUACAAUAUUAUUAAUUGUAAUUUAAUAUCAACUGAUGAUGUGUAGGACACAUACGAGUGUUGCGCAAGUGAAAUAGGCCUGAAAGGUUGGUGCGAAAUGAUGGGAUCGAGUGGAACUAACGCUAGGAAAAGAAAGAGUUAAUUAUACAGGCUACAGCUGAUGAGCGAAGGACAAACUGCUGCAGAUUUUGGUAUGUCAGGUGAUAGGGUGGGAUGAAUUAUCUGCACACUAAUUAAGAGAAGUUGACGUGUUGGCGUGAUGAAAUUUUCCAUAGGCGCCUUAUAGCUGGCCAAGCCAGAGACAAUCAGCUGGCGGUGUUUUUCGGGUUCCUACCCGUUAGUCGUAGCUGAAGGUGAUUCAGGUGACUAAACCUCUUGAAGACGGUUACCUAUAAAAGCGGUACACACAUACAAGAUUUCGACACUUAAUACACUCGAUAGGUGUUAUUGCCUUUUGUAAUUAAAAUAAAUUAUGGUUAUGACAAAGACGAAGACGAUGUGAUGAAUAGUGACGUUGGGGAGAAGACGGGCGAAGAUGGAUGAUGAAGCAAAAAAAAAGAAAUAAACCAUUUAUAUCUAUAAAAAUUACAAUAAAAAAACCGA